UUUUUACAGACUUUCUCAGAACAAGAGCUAAUAGAGGCAGCUAAGAUGAACUACGAAGAGGUAGCAGAACUGGAGAAUUUUCUGAAUCAACCCUUUAUUUCCAAUCCCAGCGAGUCUCAAAGCUCCAUGGAGAUAGAUGCCAGUCAAGUGGUCCCUGACCCGAAUGGAAGUCAGUCUUUCAACGGAGAUCCAUCGCAACUGCUACCAUCAGAUUUAGCUUUCGGUGAGGGGCAAACCAAAGUGAGGAGUAGUAGUAUGAGUUCUUGGAAGAGCUGCUCAAGCCUUACCUCUGGUUACGGUUCGGACCAGGACACUUUGGCCGGUUCACCAUUGUAUAUGGAUAAUCCACCAUUGUCUCCGGAUCGUACCCUGGUUAAUUUGGAUGUCUUAGAGACGCUUGGUCCGACAGGUUAGUGUAGGAGCUUUUCCAGUUAGUGAUGUAACAGAACUGCUACACCAUAUUACGUUAUUACAGAUCAUGAUUUACUUAACGGUGAAGUAAUAUAUCAUUGGUAAGGCUUACCAAAAAUAUAUUACAGUUCAGUGACUUAGUCAUCGGAUUUAACCACAGCUCGCCCAAGACAUUUCCUUUGUGUUUUCAGUGAAAUGCCAUUUGAUAUAAAAAAAAAAAUUCGUUGUUACCAUAUAUUAAACUUAACAUUAAAUAUCUAAAACAAUUUGCUCGCCAUAAAAAAAACAUGUUAGUUCGUGUACAAAUGUAAUAAACCAUAAUCAAAACUUGUUGAAAAUAUAGUCUAAAACUUGUCAUUGCAUAUAUAUAACUUGUUAAAAUAUAAACAAGUCAUAUAUAUUUAAUUGUGUAACAAGUUUUAUGUAUUGCUUAUAAGUCAUAUAUAUUAUCAGCUAGUUUUAUAUACUGCAUGACCCGUUUAAAUAUUUUGAACAACUUCAUUAUUUUGUGCAACCAAUUUAUAUUUAAAAUCAAGAACGGACAUUUUUGCACUAGUGACAUGUAUCAUACGGCUAAAACUAAAAUUAGAGUUUCUUGUAACAAUUCUCUGGACUGUUAGUCAAUACAAACUGCAGGGAACUAAAAGCGAGAAGAGUUGUUUCCCUAAUUUUGCGAAACAUUCGACUUUCGGCAAUGAGUUUCUCGGUGAUAAAAUGUACGGUUUGAUGUCGUAACCCAUCAGUUCCUUCUCUUGGUCAGUUAAGUUUGUGAUAUGUCUCCCCAGUUUGCACUACUUUCAUGCUUCUAUUAGCACCUUGCUCUUACUGCCUUGCUUUGUAGACGUCUCUCGCUUGUUUCUUCAAUAUAUAAGCAAACUGUCAUUGAUCAAUUUUUAUUGAGGAGACAUUUUGUUUUGAAAUAUUCAGUUAUGACUCUACAAAAAAGCAAUGAUUUUUUUUUAUAUAUUAAGAAAUGUAAAGGGCAAAUUUUCUUCUAGUUAUUCCUUCUCAUGAGUUCAGAUAUGCAGUGGAACCUCGGUACCUCUAUACAAUGAAGUUCUCGGAAAAGCGAUAUAUUUGCUUUUUGCCUGAGUAAUAGUAAAAUACAUGUAUGAGGCCGAAAAGAACUGAUAACGAAACUUCGUGAUACAUAUACUUUGCCAAUCCCUUGGCCCUUCGUUAUAUUGAGGUUCCACUGUAGUGAAGGUACACCGAGACUGGAAUCUAGAAACUAUUAGACAGAGUCCUUACAUGCAGGCAACUUUGUCAUUGAGUGGUCGCUAAGAAAGACUGUGGGAACGUCAACAAACACAAGUGCUAUGAAAUACCAAUCAAUCAGUAUUUCAAACGCCGGUGACCACUCAGGAAACAGAAGAAUGAAAAUCACGUCCAUUUUCAAGAUAAAAAUUGAAAAUAGUUAGACAUAUGUUUGGCAUGAUAUUACGGUGAUAAUUAGCAGGCAGCUUUUAAGGAAACUUUUACGUAGUUUAUCUUAUAUUUCCCACAGCCCAUGCAUACCGAACAGAAUUUUACGCACAUUUCUAGCAUGUUGAAAUGGUCUUUCUACCCAAAAGGAGCUAGAAUCUUAGAGAACUUUCAACUUGCACAAGUACUGCGCCUACUGAACAUGCAUGAAGAGAUUUCAUUUGCAUGGUCACAGGGGCACCCAACGAGGACAUAGUUCAAAACCACUUAACAUAGCAUUGUUGAACGUAUUUUAGUAUUUAAACGGUAGAUAUAGGCAUAUUUUUAUCCCCUAAAAACUUUUCAUCUGUUCGAAUUUCCUAGCUGAAAGUCUAGUGAUCCGAAAAUUAUAGGGAUCAAAACUUACCUUUUCGAAAAUUUUAGCCAGGAAAAGGCUCCCGAAAGGGUAAAUAUACGUUUAAAAUGGGUAAUUAUACCAUUUUGUAGAUGUUCGAAAAUCCUAGGAGAGGCAGGCAAGCAAGAAAUUUUACAACAAAUGCUCCGAAAAUUCUAGUUCUCAAAUCGUCUUCCGAACAGAUAUUUUCCCGAAAAUUGCCGUUGGGUGCCCCUGUGGUCACACCAUACAGGAUUUCCUGUAUAGAAGUUAUAUUAAAUGUUCACAGCAUCUCUCAUUACUAUACUCACGCCCCGGGACCCACGCUAAGGACAAAUAAAACACAGCUGUUUUACGGUGAUUGGCUACAGCCGGUUUGGUUGGUAUGUACAAGGGACAGUAACACCUCGCACGAAUCAGUAAACCAUCCCUGCUGAUACUGAUUUAGGGUAUGUCCACACGAAUCCGGAUUUUUUAUCCGGAUUCGUGUAGACGGGACAUUAAACCACUCUGAAGAGCGGUUUCAAAACAAUGCGGUUUUGGUGACCGGAUUUACUGGUUUCGUGUAAAUUGAAGGCUGAUUCGUGUAAAAAGUAUUCGGUUUCAAAAAUAUCCGUAUUUGAAGGGACGUGGCCUUUAGAAAUGAUACAAUGGUGAGUCACACGAAAUAGGAUUUCUCCCACAGGCCUCACAGAGCGGAACAUCUGCUACAACGAGAUUUUUACUCAAAUGUUUUUCAAUGCUUGCAUUUAGAUAUUUGAGUUUCGUUUAUACCACAAUCUAAGAGAAAGAAAAUGAUCGACGUCCCUGUGGUAAUUAGGACGUUUGUGGCGGCUGAAUAACCUGCAAGCACUUUUUCGAUUCUUUUCCAGCUUGUAAUUCAAAAUCCGCUUCAUUUACGCGUGGUAUUUGGACUUCGGAUUGAGGAUUAUGUAGCCGAUCUAACUGCUUCGAACGAACUUUGCACCAGGAUUAACAUCGAUCUCUUCGUUUUACAUAUGCCUAACAUACGAAUCAAACACCGUUCAAGUGAACAAGUGGUUUGGUAAAAGCAACUAGAAUCUAAAAUUCUAAAGUUGAUAUUUUAGUCAAGUACUGAGAACACAGUUUUGAGAACAGCCCUCUCUACUGUUUGUAACUUGUAUUAUUGACUAAAUAUUUGCUGACAUCAUUUAAAGGGCAUGAUUUGCAUACCAAAUCAUAAAACAAAGGAAUCGAAAGUGAACUAUCUUCAGCCAGUCCUUUAUUACCUACUUCCUCACUUUAUCAAUACUGUAGAAACAGCAAAAAUAGCUUUUUUGCUCGUACAUUCGCAUGUGCAUGUCUCAGGCUUGAAACGUGGAGCAUGCCUUUGUUUAGUAUUCAAUCAUCUUGUGCAGGUGGCCGGCGCUAAAACUAACUAAUUAACCAACCCGAACUUGCUUAUAAGUAAAGGUGGAUUCUGACACGAAACGUUUUAUUUUGGCGUCAAAACUCAAUUGCUCUAAAUUCAAACUUAUCUAAAUUGGGCCGGAGAUUGGGCAGCUUUUACCUGAACUCCCUUCUGAUUGGCUGCCAGAAGACCAUCAUUGUUUGCCGUGCUAUGAAAGCCUGAAUGGAAGUCCUUUGUUGUUUUACACGGAACGUUACUGAACCUACAUACCCGCGGCUUAUUGAAGCUGUUUCUUAACCUACGUUUUGGGGUAUAUUAACACCGUUUUCUUCUUAAACGUGACGGGCUGAUUUUCAGUUUCAUAUCACAGACAAUCCUCCGAUUCAUCCACUGUGUUUGCUCACCGUGAUUAUGCUUUGUGGUAUCGCUGGCUUAAGACUUCCGUUCAGUAUGAUAUACGGAAUUGCUCAAGAAGUACAAGAAAAAACCCAUAUGUCUUGGAAGGUAUCAGUUUAUCUCAGUUCCUUUCCAUAAAGGCAAGCUUUUUAUAUUCUAGUGCUGUCUUAACAGUCGAGGAUUAAAGUUCUCGCAAACCGGUCGUUCGGACUUCCCCAUAUUUACGAGCUCGAGUAUCUUUUGUAGUCGACUACAACACUCUCUUGUCUUUCCUUCUUUCUACGGAAUCAUACAAUUGCAAUUGCCUAAAAUUUUAUUUUAAUGGGCAAGUACCAACAUCUACCAAAUUCCUUUACUAGUUGAGCACAGGUGGCUGUUAGUAUGGAAAAAUCCAAAAGAAGAAACCGGCUUGAGAUUUUCAUAGCCUACUACGUGGCAUCUUUCUGAAUUAACAGUACUUUAGGGUUUUCUAGACAUAAAGCUUCUUAUUCAAGAAAGUAGUGCAUAUUAUACUUAGGCAUUUAACAAAAUGUGCGACCUAAUCGGAGCCGUUCAGAGGACAUUGUGAGCGUUGAUGCAGGACCAUGCAAUUUGUUAAAGCGAGGAUGAAGGCGAACAUGUCCAAAAAAAAUUUUCAUUUGGAAAGCAAUGAGGAGUUUCUAUAUUAAAGCAAGAUGACCUCAAGCCUCGCUCUCACUUAAGAGUGGGAUAAUCAGUACACAACUGUUAAAUGGUCUAUUAAAGCCGACUCCGUUUGAAAAGUGAGUUAAAGGUCGCUGCACAGGUCUACCAACAAAACACUUUUGAUCGAAAAUGCAGUCUAAUUUAUCCCCUCUGAUUAAUGAAGCAUGGUCGCACAUAACGAGAAGUCAUCAUCAUCAUCAUCAUCAUCAUUAUUUCUCUCCACAUCAGAGGGCGAAUAAAACUGUCAUUAUUAUUUUUAGUUACAACUGCAAAUAUCCUUCAGGAUUUUGUUUUCUCGUGUAAAUUAUGGUGUUUGUUAAUAUCGAGCCUUCACUAGGAUUACUAACUAAAACUAAAAAUUAAAUGAUUUGAAUUAUGGCAGCUGUAUUCAAAUGAGAUUAUCAUGAAAACAGCCUAUCAACUUACUUUUAUUCACUGAAAAUGACCUAAAGCUACUUCCGUUUAGUCGAUACAACAACAACAACAAAAUUGAUGGCGGUCAGUCAUGUUGAAGAGAGUUUUCAUACCAAAAAAAAACUGUUUCCUGGUUUGUCCACAAGUUUUCACCUUACUCCACUUUCUGCCCAGAUUUUUGCCUUUUCAAAAUGGGAGAGGCAAAGGGUAGCAAGUGACGUCAGCCAUGCACCUGCCUAGUGCUCAUAACUUGGUGAUAGUCUAAGGCCCCAUCCACACUAAUGCUUGAAAACGCAUACAUCUCGAUGCGUUAAGGCCUUCCAUCCAUACUAAUACCCUGAGCGUUUUCAUCGAAAACGCAUCGAUUUGAAAACGCUCUUGAAAGUGGAUCAAAACGAAAACUCCUACAUGUCGUAUUAGUGUGGAGAGUCGAAAGCGGCCGAAAACGCAUCAAAAUGAAAACGAUGACCAAAAAUAUCACAGGCGCGGGUGUUUGUAGCAUGUGUUUAGAGUUCAACUUACGUCACAACGUGCAAUUCUAUCGUUUUGGAACGUUUUGGUAUGGACAGUCGAAAACGCAUCAAAACGGAGAUGUGGCGGCGAAUCGAUCCUUGCUUUUUCAAUGACAAAGACCACACAUACAUUUGAAAGUGUGGACAGGGCCUAAAGCUAUCCCAGAUCACAGCUUAUUUUCGAUGUUGUUUCACGUUAUAAGAUGGACUAUAUGACGCUCUCCCUAGUUGUAUAGUCAGAGUGAAUUUGUUUUAUCAUGAUCAUCUAACGAAUAUUCUACCUUACAACCAAGCAAAGAAACAAACAAAAUAUAACGAAACCAAGAAACAAAAAAAAAAUCAACAAAAAGUGCCGUAACGCUUUUUGUUUUGAGUAUCAGGUACGGGGUUUACUCAAGGGCAGCAGUCCUAUAGGCGUGUGGUUAAAUUCGUAUCUGAGGGGGCGGCAACCUCCUUCCCUGAAAACAAAAAACGUCAAGCUACAAAAACAACAACAACAGCAACAACAACAAAUUUUAUAACCAAAAGCCAAGACCAAAUAGCGAUUACGAAGAGAGAGACUAACAUGUGUUAAACAACUUGAGAUUUGAGUUCGUUGUUCUCUCUUUUAAUUUUAGGAGUAGUCUCAAGCAUAGUAUACGAUAACACGAGACAUAUUAACGAAAGAACAAUUAAACAUCCGAUUUAAGAAAGAAGGAAAACUUUACGGAGCACUGAACACACGUCCGUCCAUUUUGGUUAGCUCACGUGACUCGUGAAGAGUCGUGGUACAAAAAUUAAUGCGUUUAAGUUGCAUAGAUAGGGAACAGACCGGAGCCUCUCCUGGUACAAACCAUUGCAUGGACCUCCGAACUGGUUUUUCUAGGAACAAAAAAAGUCUAAUAUUAAAAAUGGUUGCUUGAAACCCCCUACAAACGUAGAUUUUCUCGACAACCUUACUGCGAACUCGUGCAAAUGAAAGCAAAUAAGAGACAAAAUUAUUCCUACCAUUUUCACAUGUUGGUUAUCCUUUCUGAGGAAUUUGUCCACGAAGACUGCAUUCUGAUAUUAUCGACAUAUAUGAUUUAAAUAAAGCUUUCUUAAUAAUUUGAUUCUUCAGCUGAGGCGGAUUCUGGCGCAGACUGGAUGACAUGCUCACCUUUUACCUGGACCAAAGAACAAGUACAGUGCUGGUUGAAGUGGGCCUGGGACUACUAUAACUUGCCAGGAGAAUGUGAUGCGGAGAAACUUGACUUGACGGGUGCCGAGCUCUGUGUCUAUACCUUGGAGGAAUUACAAAGUCGUUCAGAACAUGGAGGUCUUCUGUAUGAAGCCUUCGCCCUGUUGGAUAUUUCCCCACGGGGAGGUAAGAGGCUUCACUAGUGAUGCGAAACUUGUGACGUGAAAUAUACCUUACCUUAGAAUGGGAUAAUUCCCCACUCCAGAAAUGUUAAGGGGGAUGGUUACAACCUUUCGCGGUGUAACGAUUUUUGGGAUCUUUUUGGUUGACAAGCGUUAGUUAUGAUUGGGUUAAUGGUUGCCUUGAAUACCAUCGACCAAUCAUAACUAACGCUUGUCCACCCAAACGACUGCACCCAAAGCUUGUACCCAUUCUCCCUAAAUUUUUUAAAGUGUGGAAUAGGCCUUUUUAGCGAUAGUUGAUCAAGAGAUCAACUUUCUGUAAACACGACGACUGUUCGCUUUUGACAAAUUUUGUUUCAGGAACUGAAAACAUUUUAGAAUUAGGUAAUUUUCAGCCGUAUAUCUCAAAAGUAGCGAUUGCAACGGCAAAACAACUCUUGCCAACCAGUCACGUCUGAAUUGUUUUCCGUACAAUUCCUUGUAAAUUUCGAAAUUUUCAAACUGUCGUAAAAUGUUUCCUUCAGCAUUAAGGGUUUCAAAUCUCCUUCUUAUUCAAAAGAGACAAUUUGAGCCCUUAAAAUACGUAAGGAAAAGAUUUAACGACAGUUUUAAAAUUUCAAAUUACUAGCAGCAUAUAUAAACAAAAGGACAAACGUUUAUUUGUUCAUAACUCCUAUCCAUCUGCGUUAUUACCAUUUAAAUACCCUAAUUUUUAAUUUUCUUUUUUUCCCAGAUAAUGGUACCUUCUGUGAAGGUAGGUUGGAGCAUUCUUUUUGUUUUUUGAAAAUACUUGACUAUUAUGUUACCUGAAUAUUUCACUGGUUCCACAAAAAAAUACCAAUAUUGACUUUCAUCACAUUUUUACAGGAAAAGUUGAAUCAUCAAGUGAUGAUUUCGAUCGUAUGCUUGCUAUGCAAGGUAACGUUUUUAAUUGUAUUAUAUAGGUGUAUAUGUUUUUUGUCCAAUACUUGAACUCCAUUUGGUUAAAACCAUUUACUGACUUUAGUCUACACUACUCUACUCUACUUUACCCUAUAAUACCUUACCCAACCCUACCCUACCCUACCCAACCCAACCCUGUCCUACCCUACCCUACCCUACCCUGUCCUACCCUACCCUAUACUACCUAAUCCAACCCUGUCCUACCCUACCCUAACCUACCCUGUCCUACCCUACCCUAUACUACCUAAUCCAACCCUGUCCUACCCUACCUUACCCUACCCUACCCAGUCUCUAUAAGCAGGGUAUCAGGUAUCUGUCUAUGCCAUGCUGAUGAGUCCUAACAAGGACAAAACAGCAUAUGGUUGUGCGCAUGCGUAAGGUAAUGGCCAUACCGCAGAGUUGGUAGUGUGUGCUUCAGUGCAUAAUUGUGGUUAAGUUUAUCGUUACCGGAUUAUUGUUGAGCAGGAGCCCACAGAAAAGAGAGCUUUGAACCACUCAGUAUAUUCUUGAAAUCAUAGUUCCUGCUAGUUCAUCGUGUGAAACCAUUUAUCGCUUUUCUAAAACAAAAACUAGUUAACCGGCAUUCAGGCUCUCAUGAUGGACUCAAACAGACAGGUAUGCUCCCCCAAGCGAGAUGACAGGUUUUUCCCGUCUCCAGGGUCUGGAUCCCGUGUUCCCGCCUCUUUUUCCGAGACAAGAAUCUCGCAUCCCGCACUUCUGUCAUCGCUAUCCCGAAUAUCGUUUUCUUUCCCAAUACCGAAGCCGUGCCCAAAUUUUGGCAAAUCCCGCUUCCUGGGUAGCAGUCAAAUCUGUAUCCCGUUAACGUUUCUCGAAUCCCGCACUGUGUUUUGGCCAAAUCCCGGAUUCCGGAAAUACCCUUCUGGGCCAUGUUUAAAAUGAGAAUCCACUUCGAAAACAAUUCAUUUUUAAACAAAACUAACCAUGAAACUAAGCUGUUAUUAAUGAAAACCGAUGAUUUAACAGUCAAAGACUAACAUAGUGUGUUGUUUUUUUAUUGUUAGAUCCCCUAGCUUUUGCCCUUGAUGAACUUCCUAUGGAAGGUGAGAAACAGUCUAUACACAUAUUUUUAUACCGAGUUUUAUAGCAUCGUUAAUAUGAUUUGCAAAAGAGGCAGAUGAACCGGUACAAAAGUCAAUGUCUCAGAAAGGCAUGACAGCAAGAUGCCUGGCACAUCUCUAGCACUGUCUUUACGAUAGAGACCAGUGGCCAGCCACCAUUGAAGGGAUAGGGACCCCACCUUGUAUAUACCCAUAGUUUAAUCAUCGAUCUUAGAAAAAGGAGACCCAUGAUAGCCGACCUACUACUAGUACAUGGCACUUGAUGAGGAGUAUGAUUUCCAGUUCCUUACGGCGUUCAGUUUUAUUAGGGUUAGGGUAAGAUUGGUUUGGUUAUCUUCUUUUCGUAAUAAAGAUGUUUUGCUUUUCAGAAAUUUUCAAGGCAUCCCCCUUUGAUGGUGAGUAAAAUUUUUUCAAAGUUUAAAUAUUUCUUUGGGUUUGUCAGUUGAGAGCCCCGUUUAAAGUUUCAGAUAAGAUAAUUUUUUUAGUUCAAUCUAGAACAGUUAGCAAACACUCAAAGAUCCCAAAUGAAAAUGUAGGAAUCAGAUUCCCUUGAAAGGACUAAAAGAAGGACUUGUUACCAACAAACGUAUAACCGAAAUAACCGAUUACAAUUGAAAAUUGUGUAAUUCGCACAAGUUGGCAGUAUAUAAACCAAAUUGGCCUCAUAUAUUUCGCAAAAAACCUUGAUUUUUAACCGUAAUUGGACGUUUCACAUCCAAACUGCGCCUUUGAAGAAAACGUGCUCAUUCCAGUUCAGUGCCGCGUGACACCCAAAAAACUUAGUAGAAGCCGGUCUUUUUAUACGGGCUGUAAGCUGUAUUUGCAGCAACAGUGAUGAAAUCAGGCCUUCAUUAAGAAAAACGAUUUUAUGGUUUUCAUCAACAGACUGAAGCCGUGAAGAUAGGCUGUUUACUGUCGGUUUCCAUCCCAGGUUUUCCGACAUUAGACAGGACAAUCGGUAGCCUGCGCGCAGACGAAAUUAACGCAGUCUAGACAAUCGGCGGUUUUAUAAAAUAAAGAGGAAGUAAAAAACCCUCGACUCUAUUUUUCAGAUAAGGUAUCCUGUUACCUAAAAGAAAAGUUGACAUAACGGAGUUUGGCCAGUUGCGAAUAAUGACCGAAUACUGCGUUGAACAUGACCGGAAAUUUGCGUUGCGUCGGGAAACGUUCGCAUUUUCCCGUUUUAUGUAUUCCUACCGGAUCAUUGAAAGAACUUGACUAGUACAGUCGUCGUUUUGAAUCUUCCAAACAGAUAAAGAGGAAGCCAACAUUACUUAACUUGCCUUACGCACUGUGAUCGUGCAAACAAUCACCCGCUUUUGAGAGUGAGACCCUUUGGUCGUGGGAAGAUUUGCAAUCGUCUGUUUUUGGUCCUUUCUAAAUCAGGGUCAAUACUACAACUGUUUGAAGCAAGUUAGAACAAAAAUCAGCGGCGUGUGAAACAAAAGCCGAAAUAGGCGAAUGCUCAUCUCGCAGGCCAUGAAAAUAAGAUCUACGCGAUUGAAAACCGAUGACAUGGAGUGAAAGAAACGUCAUUAAACAUAACUAUCGUUGAGUUUUACCUUCAAUUCAAGUCCAUUAUGGCUCUUGCUUCAAUUGAUUUUCUUAAAGCAGUCUGUUUUUCGUUGAUGCUGACAAUAGCAACAACGCUAAAAUAAUAGCAUCAAACAACUUUGCUGGUUAAAGAACUUUUGAAAUUGUAAGUUGCCAUGGCUACAGCAUAGCUUGCGGAAAACACCCUUAAUUUUAGCAUUAGGUACGUGCUUAUAUCUAACCGAUCAUAAGAUCACGACCGAUGUGGUCAAUGACCCCUGUUCUUUAUGUAAUCAUUCAAGUACAUCUUUCUCAUAGAAACGUUUCCACAGACCCAUCUUAAACUAUCGAAUAACCUGAAUGCAAACUCUGAGGAAGUCAGUUACAUUGUCCACUAUUAAAUCCAUAGCAGAGAAUUUUAACGGUGAUGUAGGAGUGAGGUGAAAUUCUCGCAAGUUACUGUUUUAGACUUGAUCUAAGGAAAAUGAAUGGGUCAUUUAGUCCACUGUGUAGUAUCAAAAGUUUUGACACUGGUCUUGGAACUUCAAAAUGGGUGUCUGUAAUACCCACGUAGUUACGUACGUUCGUCUGCCAGUGCGAGGGUGUAUCGUGAGAACUUGCUUAGUUAUCACCCGUGUUUCAUAUUUAAUUAGUUUUUUCGCGAGGUCCGUUUGAUUGUUUUAACGAAGCAGAAUUCUGCAUAGCCAAUGUUUUUACUUCACGGAAAGCUUUUAUAACCAUUUUCAAUUACAGUGGUAGUCAGAUAAACAAAGUGAUCAAGCUCAGACAGCAUAGAAAAAUUCCAGAAUGAUGAUUUUGACGUCAAGACGAGCAUCCCCCGCAAUUAUUUCAUCAUUUUUAUGUUAUUUGACAGUGGCGUAUUUUUAAAGGUCACAUUUUUGCAGGAAACAAAGCAUAGAGAUAUUUCAAAUUCCUUGUUUAAUUGAGCCUUAAUUCUAUAUCUUUCCGCAAUGCAAACACUAGAAUAUAGUGAAGGUUUUCUCAGCUUCCUCGUGGCUAUCAUCUGUUUUAUCCAGCGUAAAACAAAACUAAGAUACACACGCGCCUCCGGAUAUAAAGACAAGAGACUAUUGAACUUUGAUCAAAAGUUAGAAUAAACGAUGUGGAUCGGGACGUAUUAUUCAGUAUUAAAGAAGCUCCUUGUGAUCGAACAAAAAUAGUAAAUGUGUUAAAUUGUUUCUCGAUAAAAUCGUUUGUCAAAGUUGGAUGACUAAAUCACUGAAAACAAUCUCUUUUAUUAUAAUUUUUAAAAAAUAAAAAGCAUCAGUUUCCGCAUGACUUAAUUUCCUCAUCGAUAACUGCACGUAUAUCACGCCAGUGGAAACCACGUGACCCUACAGGCCGAAGUGUGUUGGGGCGUGGGUGUACCUGACGCGCCCAGGUUGAUUUCAAUCACAUCUACAAUCUUUGCAAAGGAAAUAAAUGCAAAAAAGUUCGAGCGGCUUCUUGAAUAGUACCUCGAAUACACUCUGCGACGGUUUUUCAGCCGCUCAAAUGCACGCAGCCGUUCUCUUCUUGCCCAGAAUCGGCAAUAAUGCAAAAUUAAAGUUCAGCUGUAACAAACAAGCAGAACAACAUUCCUUUGUUUCCGCAAGGAUACUGGAGCGCGCAACUCUGUGCUUUGUGACACACUUCCGGGUGUAGUGGAUUUAGUGCCUUGUGAAUCGCUAUUCUCUAUCACGGACACUUUCUGAUAUUCGUUCUUUAUUGUAUUGGCCAUGACUAUAACCAGUGAUCUAUUGGAAAUUGCGAAAAAUUCGCUUUUGAAACCAAAUUACUCGGGCGAUACAAAUUACAGCUUGCUUAUUUAAAAAUGCAAAUAAUCUGUCUUGAAUGUCUUGCUACGUAAAUAGGCAAAACGUGAAAUUGAAUCUCAUAACCGCUCGAACUCCUGACGGGGUAGUACUUAGGCUAAUUUGUUUCUAUACCUGUUUCUCUUCCUAAUUUUCAGAUAAGCUAUCAGAUUUUUCCAUUACGAAUUUAUAUACUUUUAAAUUCUUCUUAGAAGCUUUGAUUACUAAGCCGAACGAUUCUAAUUAGGGAAAGCCAGGCUAAUGUAAUGUUUGACAACUCUCUCCCCCCUCCCCUGUGUGAAUUUUCAGUUAUAAUCUGCAGCAUAUUUAUCGGUGGUUCCGUGGUUUGCUCCUGCAAGUUGAGUUACUAACAGGCGACCUUUCCGCUAGCUAUUCAAAAUCUGAAAAUGCCUUAUUACUGUUCUUUGAGAAUAUUUAGCAAGGAGAAAAAGAAAAGGCGACGACGAAGAGGUAAAUUGAGCCGAUUUGAGUGAUGUUUUUGCGAGUAUUAGCUACGAUUGUUUGCGUGAACUGGUCGUACGAUAAUUUGAACUUUUAUGAUAUAUUUACUGUUGGCCGCCGUUCAUUACUUUAGUUUGAUAAAAGUGUUAAGGUUAGAAUUAUAACUUAAAGCUAGCUGUUCGCGCUUUUCUUGCUUCGGAAUCAUUGUCUGCCUUUAGGAUUACAUCUUGGAAGCCGAGACGAACGAGACGUGAGUUUGUGGUGUAAUUUACCAACCAAGCUCCUUUGCUUCCUCAUCGAUUUCGCCUUUUUCAGCUCUUGCCUUUCACACAUUACUAAUGAUUUUAGCUCCAACUGACGAACCUAAGGCUUUACUAAAACUUUUUUGUUUAUGUAGCCGCACAGAAGCCCAUUUGUAUGCUCUUACAACGAAUGAAACCAGCAAAGUUGUUCGUUUCCGCGCCGCUGACGCGCCAUAUCCAGCGAAGAUGCAAAGCGGGCGAAUCGAGUAGCUACAGCCAUCUAUCGCUAUUUUUACCGUCUACUCUAAGGAGAUUCAAAAAGUGAAUGAUACAAAAACCUUCAUUGUUUCUUAAGGGCUAAUAAUCUUCUAAGAUGAAAGUUAAGCGACGAAUUAGGGCACUAUACGUUUGUGAAUAUGUGUUGAAAGUUUCUGUGUCGGGCGGUCUGUAUUGGCAAAACAUACCAGAAGAUAGAUCAUCUCGACAUAUUUUCUGUCGAGUAAUUAUUACGCGACUCUGCUCUGCAGCUCGCGUUUUAUAGCGUUUGAAACUUAGCUAAAAUACCCAUUUUUAUUCAUACAGAGAAGUUUUACAACGGUCUUAUGUAACAUUACCAGCUACACGAUUUUGUUCUGAAUGCCUGCCAUUGCUUUCCGCGUUGCGGGGCGCUAUGGUUUCCACUCACUCGGCAUUGAAAUGAACUAAAGCACGCACAUAAAUAAUUUUGUUGUGAAUUUGGUAGACAAUCCCAGGUUUAAUUCCUUUUCUUUCUUCUUUCAGACGAAAUGAAUCUUACAAAUGAUGACUCUUCUGUACCAGAAAGGGAUGAUCAAGGUAGGAUGGCUGUUCAAAGAAAAAAAAAAUUAUUUGUCACGUAGCUUUGAGUCAGCGCUCAGAGUCAAGGUUUAAUAUUUCCGGGAGCAAAAACAGCUCUCUCCAAGUUUCUUCCGGGAGCGUAUUAAAAGCAUAGCGCUCUUUGUUUGCUUAAGGUUAGACAUGUUCAUUAUGGUUAAAUGAUCGUAGUUAACUGACUUCAGUUGUUUUCGCGAAGGGUAUUUGAAAAUUUCUUUGUGUUUUAACCACAAAAGAGAUAAGUUAUCCUUCCUUGGUGUGUAAUUAUUGAAAGGUCCCCUGUCUACCUUUUCCUGUUCCUAAGUUACUAAGCAUAUCUUCAUAAUUUCAAGGAAAUAAAUUGAAUACCCAGCUAAUAUUUCGUUCAAGCGAAAUAUUUUUCGCGUUGUUUUCGUUUUUACUGUUGGAAGGUUUAGCAGGAAAUAUAUGUGCGAUGAUAUGGCUUUAUUCCCAGUCGCUUUGCUUGUAAAUUGAAUUGUGCUUUCACAGAAUUUUCAAGUUGUUGCUGUAGGAAUAAUCAUUGAUCAGUGUUGUAUUUUUAUGAGUGAUUCUUGUUGGGCUAUGCCUGCUAGCAAAGUAAUUCACUAUACACACAGCGCUGACAAGCACUAUUAAUUACACAAGUUGACGAACGCUCACUUCACAAGACAUAAGCAUUCAACACUUCCUUUUGUGUUGUAUAGCCAAGCUAUUACUUAAUCGUCGAAACUUGUAAUAAAGAAAUACAACCCAAAAUAAAAAAUACGGCAGGUUUCUCCUUUGUUCAGUGGAAGUAAUCCAAAUAAUGUUCCUGAUAUUAGAACAUGUUGAAGUUGACAGAGUAAACAUAAUUUUGCAAGCCCCUCUGAGUUAUUCAAAAUUCAGGAAAAGAAAUUUUAAGGUCAUAAAAAAUUUACAACUCGUUUCAAUGCGUAUCUAAUGCUGCACUGUAGACUUAACAACGGCAAACAAACAAAUUAAAAGACUUCGCUGAAGUAAACUCAGUAAGGUUUCCGUGUUGUAUUCUAUAACAUCUAUUUCCUCGCUGAUAUAGGACGCACUGUAUUUUGUCAGGUUUAAACUAAAGGUUGGGGUUAGAAUUUCCUGAAAGUUCUUAGAUAUCUGUCUCAUUGAAAACAUGGCUCCUUUCCAGAAAUGUCUUCCUGUUAAAUUGCAGGCUUUCUGAGAAAAAAAAAGUAUAUCCUCGUGCUCCUAAAACUGGAAAAGUGCCUGGAGGAAGUACAUUUGCCUUGCACAUAAUUUAUUGCCUAGUCCUAUAUCUGUUGUAAUGAAGAUUUUUUCUGACAAAAGCUAUUCUUGGUCUAAACAAAGGGUCUUGCAUAUUAAACGGUUUUUAAGACCGUUAUACAAAAAGAAAAAAGUUUAGCAUUUAUCAAAAGCAAUUUUUGCAUUACAAAGGUGUUGGGUCCUCCCUUGAGGAGCUAGUUUCCAUGGUAAAGUAGCUUUCUUUUCCACAGAAUAUUUUUUGGUUGUGAUGCAAGGGGAGUUCGAACUUUAAGUUUGUAAAGUGAAGUAUUGCCUGAAACUGUAUGUUUUUUAAAGAUAUAUCAUUAUGAAAAAAAAAUUGAGUUCACAGUGGGUGGUAGUGUUUUGUGAUCCUUCCCAAUAAGUCUACCCUAUUUAGGUUUUGUAAAGAUUCUUUGGAGAAGGGUGGUAGUGUUUUGUGAUACUUCCCAAUAAGUCUACCCUAUUUAGGUUUUGUAAAGAUUCUUUGGAGAAGGCAAACUGUUCACAUUUUGUUGGUGUUUUUGUAAAGAUCAAGAGUAGAAAGUGCAAGAACAGUAAUGAGAACAAAGUCUUGAGGCAGAUGAUUCUGUUUAGGAAUCGCAGAAUUAACAUCUGCUUACUAACUAAGAUGAGUGUGGCAAGACAAAUCUUGUUAUUUCCAAAGACUAUAUUUUUACUCCAAUUUUUCAAAUGUCCUUGAAAAUAGAAUGUUGAGUUGUAAAAUGAAAUUUUAAACUGAGGUCUGUGGAGGUAUACUAUGCUGGAUGUAGUGGUGUUCGAGUUUUAUCAGAACUUUCAUUGUUUGUCCUGAAAAUAAACUUUAUAGAAGCGAGCUUCAAAAAUAAUAAUAAUCAAUGAAGAUUAAGGUUUGAAAAAAUGCCAAUCUGCCAUAGUAUUUAUUCACCUUCAAACUUCAAAUUUGUCGACGGCGGUUUCUUUGAUGCUUACCAGAGCAUUUUUUUCCCGGUUUCUUCCUCGAGAAUCUAAUAGCAGAUAUUAAAAAUGAAAAACGCGGAAGUAGAUUCGAGGGGAAAGUCGAGGAAGGAAAAUUUCAUUGCAGCUUCAUAGAUUUUUCUUCGGCCAAAAAUAUUUGUUCAAGCGGCAUUUCAAAGAGUUUUGUGAAUGACUAAUGUCCCUUUAUUGUCAACUCAUCAGUUCAUUUGAAGGCUUUUCGUGCAUUUAAUAAAUGUAUUUUCAGAUAGUUACCGACGAUGUGAUGUGAGUGGUAUUGCAGAAGUCACGAGAUAAACACAUGAAAACCGAUUUCAUAAGCGGGCUAAACAACUCCCGCGUGACACUCACGAAUCAGAGCUUUGCGUGACAGUAAGUCACAUACAGCUCCCACCGUCGACUCAUCACUGGCCCCCAAAACCAUCGAUAAAAAGUAACACAAGUCCGAAUUUAUAUCGGAAAGCCUUUCACCCGCAUAGAAUACAGAAAAGUCUCAAAGUUUACUGUGAAGAAGAAAUCUAUGAACACUGGAAAACGCCAUUGAAUUACACGUUAAAUGCAUUUUGUUCAGACCAACCCGGCGGUCGAGGUUUUGAACGUAGGUUGUACACUUCUGCUGGUAUUAAAAAAAUCAAACAAACAAAUUAACAAUUAAAUCGAUUUGCUGCGACAGCGAUGGCAGGACCUUGCGGUGUGUAGUAAAGAAAAGAAAGGUGUUCGUAAAAAUGUGUCUUAAAUAUGGAGAGACUUUUUAGGGAUUAUUUUGUGAGACCUUGCAAUCACUUUUCUGGAGCAUAAGUGGAAGUCAAAAAGCGUAAGCUGUAGUGUUCCACUCAAUUCAUAUCCUUAUAGACCCAGGGGCAACUGGCCGAAAGUGCGUGAUUUUCGUGAAAGAAAUUUUUUGCCAAAGUAUGUAGUUGUUCAAAAUUUGCAGAUUUGAGUGAAUGUUCGUGAUAUCGGUCCAGGGUGAAGAAGCAGUCGUACGAAGGUAUAGGCUUCCGACAUUUUGGCGCUUUUGCUUGUGAUACUGUAUUGGAAUAAUGAAAGAAAGACAGUAUAAGAUAGGUUAUAAAUAACCUCGGGGUUGCAGGUGAAUCGCAACGUCGCAAAAUUGUCGUGUUUUUUGUGAAACUUCGAUACACAUUGGUAAUUUUCUAAAGACUGUGGUUCUAGAAGGAAUGUUAACCUCUUCGUAGGCUCUUUGUGUUAACUGGGAUAUUUUUAUCUCGUUAUUUAUAUUUACAAUUUAUAAUGAUAUUAAAACUUCCGUAUAUGAGCCGUAGGAAUUCCACUGUCAACUAAGAUGGACCAAGCGCUAGGUUUUUUUCGUCGUAACUCAACCCGAAAUACUCAGAUACUUGCUUCCCUUUGCUAUCUUCUUAACCUAUCUUCUUAACCUAUCUUUAGGCAAUAGUGAAAGCGACGAAGAGGACGUGUCAGUCCCAUCGCUCAGCUCACAAAACAGUGCCUUCGGUAAGUCUAUAAUUAUCCUGACAUACUAUGCGCUGCACUAUCAAUUUCCUCAUUCGGUAAUGGGUAAAUUGAAAAAAAAAUAUUAGCAGUAAAUUGAUUAAUAUUAAUUAGCCAUAAGUUAACUAAAACGCGAAAUUGAAAAAAGCAAUUAGCUGUUUAUUCUCCAAGCCUCCUAGUUUUUCAGGUGAAACAGGUGUUCGUUGGGCGUUAUCGCAGCGUUAACAACCAUUUUUUUCGAGAAGAUUGCAGAAUGUACGGUUGCAAAUUAACAGCAGAAUCUUAAUUACAUCUUCAAGAAAUUUCUUUCAGAUUCAAAUUAGACCCUUAUACAAAUUCUUAGUACUGAGCUCAUUAUCAUAUUUUUGCUCCGUUGUCUAAUAUUUUUAUCUCGUUUAUGUUAAAAACGUUUCGCAAUUCAGACUAUUAUUUUGAGCUUUUCGUCGAUUUGACAAGAUUUGUAUCCGCACUGGAAACCUUUCCGACGGAUGAGCAAGAAAAUAGUUAAACAAGAGAUAAUUCAAAAAUAACACACCGGAGAAAAUCAUCCCCGCUGUGCACCGAAACUAGAUUCAAUGGAAAUAACAACUUUGAGGUCAGAGCGACUAAAACUAACGCAACUGAAGACUUAUUUGUUUAAAGCUGCCGCCGAGGAAGGUAAUUAACAUUUACCUGGGCAAGGACACGCAAGAAUCGAGAAGCGUCUGUGGGAGGGGCGCCCGCUGCUAAUGCAUGUGUUGUUAUUAAAUUCUCUCUCGGGAUCAAUUUUAUUUCCUUUGUUAAUGGCUGUCCUUGUGGGUUAAUUGAACUGAUCAUUUCCCUGACUUGGGGCUAAUUGAAAAUGACCAGUCUUUUCGGGAAGCACUGCGGAAUAGUUGGAACCAGAGAUUACAUCCAAAGAUUCAAAACUUUGAGAUACCGCCAUUACAUUAUUUUUUUCACUCUUACCUUUUUAGCUCCUUCCAGGAGUCACGUGACGGCGACAGGCACUCGUGGUCCCUUGCCCAGGCCCCAGCCGAGUAAGUAGUAUUUGUUUGCGUCUGUUUAGUUUAGUUUAGUUUGUUCUUUCCUCGUCAUAGUGGCAAGGUGGACACAAUACAAAACUGUUUAGAGACCUUUAGGGCCUGUUUACAUGGAGUGGGGGACCCCGGUCUAGUGGAGUUGGUUUCUUUUGUUUUCACGCUCUGGGGAACACAAAACAAAAGAAACCUACCCCACUAGACCGGGGUCCCCCACUCCAUGUAAACAGGCCCUUAGAUUCGAGGACGAGAAUGACUACGAAUACGAGAUUUAACUUUAAUUUUUUUUCGCGCCUUCUCAAGAAAUAGACACCCCGAAAGCUUCAUUGUAUUUUGUUUUCUCCAGAAAAGUUAGCACUGUUAUCUUUAUUGAAGGAGGUUCAGUCCUCUACCGAUCGCAAAAUGAGAAAACUUCUAACAUUUGAUAACUUGUUUCCGCCUCUGCGACAUUCUUGCGAGAACUCGUAGUAGAAUGACGACUAUCACAUUUUCCCGCCAAAAUGACGCUGGUUUACGCGCGAGCACUACUUAGUAUUUGGAAAAUCUCGUACUUGUAGUCGCUCUCAUCUUAGAAUCUAAGGCUCUCUUUUGACUUAAACGAACAUACUGAAAAUGACCGUUCAAACCAGUCACUGUUUAAUCUAUAACGAAAUGGGUACAGCCGCCAUAUCUGACUUGGAGACAUGAACGUCGUUUCAAGAAAGUCAAAUACCAAGAACCGAAUUUCUUAAUCAUUUGAUAUUUAAAAAUAAUAAGCCAAGGUUCUGCGCCUUGCAUUAACUCUUUAAGUUGCAAUAGUGACCAACAUCAAUUUUCUCGUAACAAUAUCCAUUUUGUCAAGAGGAAAGUCUAUGAGAAUUUAUAAAAUAAUCACAGAGAAAAAUCUUUCAUCUUUUAUCAAAUUCUCUCAACAAAUUUUUUAAGGAAAUGUAUGGAGAUCAGUAUGGAGAAUUUGUAUGUAGAUGUUAGGACUUAAAGGUUUAACAGUGUUCCUUGUUUUAUCCACUAGUUCGCCCGUUGAACAUCCCCAGAGAUCUACCUCUGCAUUCUGCUACUCAGCAAAAUCCCACAGCCAAUGGAUUCUGUGCUUCCCGUUUGUGGCCACCAAACGGCUGUUUUCCACCCUGCGUUCCCCCACCGGUAAAUGGCUUUCCUCACCCCCGGCUUCCCCAGAGGGGACCCAUGGAUUUGCAACGAAAUCGCGACCUCCCACCGGUUCCGCCGCUGAUCAAGUCUCCCGAUCUGCCCUCCCCGACAAGUCCCAUGGAGAACUUCCCACAAACCCCACUGCAGACGCUUUCGUUCGCGGCGAGCUUAUUCGCCAAAAACGAUGCGUUGUUUGACGUUUCAUCGUCACCAUCCAAGAAGGAAGAGCGCAUGACGCGUGGUGGGCUUUACGAUGAGCCGUUCUCUGCCGGAACCCCUCCUGCAAACGGUUUUUCUCCCCCGGAUGCCAAGAAACCCAAACUAGAUUUUGAUGUGCAUUCCAAGCACAGUAAGAUGGCAGUUAAUGGCGGGGUGCCCCCACCUUUGAGAGCAUCACCAGGCGAAUCUCAGGUGCCUUUCCCUGCGAAUCUUUCACCAAAAUCUUGUCCAGACAGUGAUGCGGAUUAUAAAGAAGAGAGAAUGUCCCCGUCCCCACCGGCAUCCCCCUAUGGACAUUCAACCUCACCCUCUCAGAGAGGCUGCGAUUCUCCUAUGACGCGUAGAAGGAACAGCACCAGUUCAACGGACUCCGGUACAGAAGAGGGGAAGGAUGGUAAGUUGAGGAACAUUGUAACAUGUUAAUUAAUUUGAUUUCACAUUGAAAUGUAAUUGCUCCAAAGGAAGUUGUGCCAGUGGUUGUCUUAUCUCGUUUUGCAGUCAGGCCACCUUCACACCGAACGAAUACGGAUACUUUUGAAACCGCUUAUUUUUUUUACACUAAACCUUCCGUUUACACGAAUUGAAACCACUCUCUAGAGUGGUUCACUUACUAUGGAAAGACUCGUGGCGAGUCAAGCCAUUUGCCAGGUUCAUUUGUGGCACAACUCCUUUGUUUCAGUGAGAAUAGUUAUCUUCAGUACUUUUGCUGACUCCUAAUGUACAGCUUUUGCUAAUUGAAGUCCUUAUUCGUCCAGGAAACCACAGCCGGAGCGAGUCUUCCUCGCCGAAGAGUUCCGGUUCACCAAGUGGAAAACCUCGCGUUGGCCGGAGAAAGCGUAAGUGAUUAAAAUGAUGUUACUUUCAAUCGUGCCCGCGCUUGUAAAAUGUCACGAAACUUUUCCUAUUCAUUUUAGAAUUACAAUUAAAAAAAUGUUAUGGUUAGCUCUCUCCUAAUAGUCACCUGUAUCAGAUAGAGACUUAGAAACGUUCCCAACGGUGUUCGUCUCAAAGACAGGUGACUGUAGUUUUCUUUUCUAUUCCGCUGCCAAGCCGCACGAUGCUUAUGAAAACUGCCGGUUUUUUAGAUGGUUAUUUAAACCCCCAAAGCUUACCACAUGUCAUCUCUUUUCGUUUCAGAAACAAGAUCCCUGCACUUGUGGGAAUUUCUCAAGGAGCUUUUGGAAAACAAGGAGACGUGCCCGCGAUACAUCACUUGGAUAGAGCGAGAGGAAGGAAUCUUCCGACUGGUGAACUCGGGCGCGGUAGCUAAGCUCUGGGGUCAGCGGAAGAACCGCCGAAACAUGAAUUAUGAGAAGAUGAGUCGUGCUUUGCGGUAUUACUAUGAAAGGAAGAUUCUAGAGCGGGUGCCCGGUCAGCGGCUGAUCUACAAGUUUGCCCCAGACACUAUGAGAGAGUGUAACUUCAGCUUCAUGAAGAAGGAUGGCUGA